GUGCUCCGAAAUUGGUUUGUCAUAUGCGCAGAGAGCAAAGCUUUGGAAGCAAAAAAUAUAUCGAGUUCUUUGCCGUGGAGAUUUUCAAACAAGACACAUUUAUUUGGCAUAGCCUACUAUUUUUUGCGCUAACGUGUUUCGCCUUUGAGCUUUUACUUUCGGACGUGAUGUAGUAGUUACUGCACAAGAGGACGUGUUGUGCGCCACUUCUUUUGAGGGACUGUCAUCUGGAUACACAAGGAGACCGUUCUUUCUCCAGCAAUAUCGACAGUACACGGAUCAUACAGACAUGUCCAGCUCUUCUAGCCUACUAUCGGACUUUGAGAAAAUAUAAGUGGAAUUAUUCGAAAUAAUUAUUUUGAAUCGCCCUUCUUUUCCCUCGACCCUCUGAGGAGACUGUUCUGUGCGCAAGACGAUAUCAAUUGUGUUAAGAAAAUAAGUGUGAACAAUUGUAUUACUCACACUUUCAAUGGGAGAACUAUUUGAAGGGUAUCAUCGUUUCACCAGUGUCUUCUAAAACACGGAUGGGAUAUAUGGUUCUAGUCUCUGAGAUGUGAUGUACUGGAUUUGUAAGGAGUUUUGACGAGAGAAGAACCACUCACAGGAUAGGCUUUGAGAACCGUAAAACCGGACCUUAACAGGACUGCAGUUCAGCGGAAGGAACCUAACAGACGGAGCGCUCGCUUUGGGCUCACCAGGGAAGGCCUGACCCCUCCAUUGGGUGGAUCGACAGCCAGGCGGAGGGGCCAUGUGGUCUGCACGCCUGCUCCUCUUCGCCAGCCUGUUUGCGCCAGCAGCUCUGGCCUUCAGUCGAGCUCCCAUCCCCAUGGCGGUGGUGAGGAGGGAGCUGUCGUGUGAGAGCUACCCCAUCGAGCUGCGCUGCCCGGGCACCGAUGUCAUCAUGAUUGAGAGUGCCAACUACGGCCGCACCGACGACAAGAUCUGUGACGCCGACCCAGCGCAAAUGGAAAAUACACGCUGCUACCUUCCCGAUGCCUACAAGAUCAUGUCCCAGAGAUGUAAUAAUCGGACCCAGUGUGCUGUAGUGGCUGGACUAGAUGUAUUUCCUGACCCUUGCCCCGGAACCUAUAAGUACCUUGAGGUCCAGUACGAAUGUGUACCCUACAUAUUCCUGUGCCCCGGCUUGCUGCGAGGGGUGUACCAGAGCGAACACCUCUUUGAGUCGGACCACCAAUCCGGUGCCUGGUGUAAAGACCCCCUCCAGGCCUCUGACAAGAUCUACUACAUGCCCUGGACGCCAUACCGCACGGACACGCUGACCGAGUACUCCUCCAAAGAGGACUUCAUCGCCGGGCGACCCACGACCACGUACAAGCUGCCGCACCGCGUCGACGGCACGGGCUUCGUAGUGUACGAUGGCGCUCUGUUCUUCAACAAGGAGCGCACGCGCAACAUCGUCAAGUUCGACCUGCGCACACGCAUCAAGAGUGGCGAGGCCAUCAUUGGCAGCGCCAACUACCACGACACCUCGCCAUACCGCUGGGGCGGCAAGUCGGACAUCGACCUCGCCGUGGACGAGAACGGCCUGUGGGUCAUCUACGCAACGGAGCAGAAUAACGGGCGCAUCGUCAUCAGCCAACUGAACCCAUAUACUCUCCGCGUAGAAGGAACCUGGGAUACCGCCUACGACAAGCGCUCGGCAUCCAACGCCUUCAUGAUCUGCGGUAUUCUAUACGUGGUGAAGUCGGUCUACGAAGACGACGACAACGAGGCGACAGGGAACAAGAUCGACUAUAUCUACAACACAGAGCUGAGUAAAGAUGGCUUCCUGGACAUCCCCUUCCCCAACUCAUACCAGUACAUCGCCGCCGUGGAUUACAACCCACGGGACAACCUGCUGUACGUGUGGAACAAUUACCACGUGGUCAAGUACUCACUGGACUUUGGCGCCUUGGACAGUAAACCAGAAACGUCUUCAUCUGUGAUUGUAUUUAUGGAUACCACGACAACACGGACUACAACUCGACCGACGACGGUUUCCACAACGACCACAUCAACAACCAGCACCACUACGACCACCAGGGUUUCGGCGACGACCCCCAUUGCCCAGCGACCGCGACCCACCUCGACUACCCUGCCGCCGCUAUUUCCGCCAGCGGACGGCAAUAUCCCAGGGGGAAACACAAGGACGUCCCCGUCCUCCAAGCUCCCCAACGUCAGCGUUGACUACUGUAAUCCCAUGAUCAUGUCGGACGUGUCCUGGCCCAAGAUGAGACAGGGAUUGGUGGCGAGGCAACCAUGCCCGACUGGAACAAUAGGCGUGGCCAUGUAUCUGUGUAUGGGGCCCGAAGGAUACUGGGACCCUCAAGGGCCCAACCUUAGCAACUGUACGUCCCCGUGGGUCAAUGUAAUCACCCAGAAGCUCAAAGCCGGAGAGACUGCAGCCAUCAUUGCCAGGGAGCUGUCGGAGCAAACCAAGAGUAACCUUCAGGCGGGGGACAUCACCUACACAGUCAAGGCUAUGGGUCAACUUGUGGACCUACUCGACGUGCAACUUAGGAACCUUACCCCUGGAGGCAAAGAUAGCGCAGCCCGCAGCCUCAACAAGCUGCAGAAAAGAGAGCGCUCAUGUAGGAUUUACGUGCAGGCCAUGGUGGAGACCGUGAACAACCUGCUUCAGCCCCAGGCCCAGUCGGCGUGGAGGGACCUGAGCACCGGGGAGCAGCUGAGAGCAGCCACCAUGCUGCUGGAUACGGUGGAGCAGGGGGCCUUCAUCCUGGCCGACAACCUGCUCAAGACGGACAUCGUGCAGGAGAACACAAACAACAUCCAGCUGGAGGUGGCCAGGAUGAGUACGGAAGGAAAUCUGCCCGACCUGAAAUUCCCACAGAGCGGCCAAGGCAACUCCAUCACCCUGUCGGCGAGCACUUUGAAACAGCAUGGGAGAAAUGGAGAGAUCCGGAUGGCCUUCGUCCUGUAUAAGCACAUCGGAGCCUACCUGUCUACAGAGAAUGCCAGCACGAAGCUGGGCAGGGAAGCCAUGGCCACCAACUACUCUGUCAUUGUCAAUUCUCCCGUCAUCACAGCAGCCAUCAACAAAGAAAGCAACAAAGUCUACCUGUCCGAACCGGUCAUAUUCACCUUGAAACACCUGCAGCAAUCCAAGGAAAGCUUUAACCCCAACUGUUCUUUCUGGAGUUAUUCCAAGAGGACCAUGACGGGGUACUGGUCGACGCAGGAUUGCCGGUUGCUAGGCACCAACCGGACUCACACCACAUGCUCUUGUACCCACCUGACCAACUUUGCCGUCCUUAUGGCACACGUGGAGGUCAAGAAUACAGACCCAGUCCAUGACAUGCUGUUGGACGUCAUCACAUGGGUUGGCAUCCUGCUCUCUCUGGUCUGCCUGCUCAUCAGCUUGUUCACCUUUUGCUUCUUCCGGGGCCUCCAGAGCGACCGCAACACCAUCCACAAGAACCUCUGCAUUAGCCUCUUCAUAGCAGAGUCCCUCUUCCUGGUGGGGAUCAACCGAGCUGACCAACCGAUUGCCUGUGCUGUGUUCGCUGCCCUGCUCCACUUCUUCUUCCUGGCUGCCUUCACCUGGAUGUUCCUGGAGGGUGUGCAGCUCUACAUUAUGCUGGUGGAGGUGUUUGAGAGUGAGCACUCGCGCAAACGCUACUUCUACCUGGUGGGCUACGGCGUACCCGCGCUCGUUGUGGCUGUGUCGGCCGCCGUCGACUACCGGAGCUAUGGCACGGAUCGAGUGUGCUGGCUUCGAUUGGACACCUACUUCAUUUGGAGCUUCAUAGGACCGGCAACCUUGAUAAUUAUGCUCAACGUGAUAUUCCUAGGCAUCGCGCUGUACAAGAUGUUCCACCACACCGCCAUCCUCAAACCCGACUCGGGUUGCCUCGACAACAUCAAAUCGUGGGUGAUUGGGGCCAUAGCGCUGCUCUGUCUGCUGGGGCUGACAUGGGCCUUCGGCCUGAUGUAUGUCAACGAGAGCACGGUCAUCAUGGCCUACCUCUUCACCAUCUUCAACUCCCUGCAGGGCAUGUUCAUCUUCAUCUUCCACUGCGUCCUCCAGAAGAAGGUGCGUAAAGAGUACGGAAAGUGUCUGCGUACCCACUGUUGCAGUGGCAAGAGUGUGGAGAGUUCCAUUGGCUCUGGGAAGAGCUCAGCAUCCCGCCCACCAGGGAGAUAUUCCACCGGUUCACAGAGUCGGAUCCGUCGGAUGUGGAACGACACAGUCAGGAAACAGUCAGAGUCGUCUUUCAUAACCGGCGACAUCAACAGCUCGGCGUCGUUGAACAGAGGGGCAAUGGCUAACCAUCUUAUAACUAACGCUCUCCUCCGUCCCCAUGGCACUAACAAUCCCUAUAACACAUUGCUCGGGGAAUCGGCCGUCUAUAACAACCCGUCAGUGGGCAUGUACAACAUGCAAGACCCCUACAGAGAGACAAAGGGAAUCCUGAACAAUGCCCGGGAUACAAGUGUCAUGGAUACUCUACCACUGAAUGGUAACCACGGCAACAGCUACAGCAUCGCCAGUGCCGAGUACAUCAGCGACUGUGUCCAGAUCAUCGACCGGGGCUACAACCACAAGGAGACCACGCUGGAGAAGAAGAUCCUGAAAGAGCUGACCUCCAAUUACAUCCCUUCCUACCUGAACAACCACGAGCAAAACCGCAACCUCAUGAACAAGCUGGUGAACAACGUGAGCAACGGAGGCAAGGAUGUUAGUCUGGGGGGUAUGGGGAUGGGUGUAGGGAUGGGGGGGAUGGGGAUGAAUGUGGCGCUGGGUUUGGAUGAUCAGUCUUCCUUCCCUCCGCACCUCCACGAUGAGGGUCUGGGCCUGGAGCUGAUUCGGGAGGAGUCCAACGCCCCUCUUCUGCCCCAGAGACCACCGUUGCUGCCGCCUGUGGACAACCUCCACCACAACCACCUCCACAACCAGGGCCUGCCGCAUCAGCCUCCGCUCCCCCACCACCACCACCCAGCAUUCUCCUCGGCCACCACCACCUCGUCCUCGUCCCGCCGGCGGAUCCCGCAGGAAAACAGUGAGAGCUUCUUCCCCCUGCUCACCAACGAGAACACCCAAGACGUGGAGCCCACUUUGCCCAGCUCCCAACCCCACCACCUGCACCACCACAGGGACUCCCUCUACACCAGCAUGCCCGUGCUGGCAGGCCUACCAGAUACCACAGCUAACGGCACCACCACUGCCCCCCUUGCUGAUAAAGAUGCAGGAGAGGGACUACCGGCAGGGGGCAGGAGCCCCGAGGCCAGCCAGGACGAUGUCUACUACAAGAGCAUGCCCAACCUGGGCUCACGUAACCACCUGCACCAGCUGCACUCCUACUACCAGCUAGGGAGGGGCAGCAGUGACGGGUUCAUCGUGCCCCCCAACAAGGAGGAUCCCCCCGAAGAGGCCCCCCAGGAGCCCUCGCACCUGGUCACCAGCCUAUAGGCCCACAGACCCAACCCCCCCUGACCCAUUUGCCCCAAUUCCUUAUUGCCGUGGUUCCCGCUUUUUUUCUGCCUCCCCUACGCGUU